AUGUUUCGGCACCGUCGUAACUGCCCAUUGUAUACGAAGGAUAGAAGGAAAGAAAUGUAUUUUAAUGAUGGAAUCAUAAAGAAAACUAAUCCAAAGAUUAAUAUAAAGGAGGCUCUUAGCGAGCGAACUACAGAACUAAGAUUGAGACAUUUGGAGCGACAGUAUUCCUUCGGCAAUUUAGUCCAAGACUGGCUUGAUGAAAAAAGACGGCUACAAAAGAACAAGAUUAUUGAAAAUGGAAUUUACAGUAGGUACCACCUCCCUAAGCCCUUCACAGAUUUACCAAAGAUGAAAACCUCUCAUGCAUAUAUGAGGAAAUGUAAUCUCAAGGUUGCGGACGAAAAGUUUCCAGCCAGAAAGGAAUUUUACAACAAAGAAGUUAAGAAGACUUGUAGGUCUCCAGUAUGCAUACCAGUCGCAAAUCAGCUCUACAAACUUCGUUACAAACACAGACCUCACUUCACCAGAUAUCCAAACUGAUGUGGAUCAGAGAAAAUACCCACUAUGAAAACCACCCCAAUAAUUUUCCUUUUUAAAUGAUAAGUAAAGAAAUGUUGAAUGUGAAUGUGAAAAGUAAGCUCUAAAUUAAAUCUUAGGAAAUUCUGAAAUGCAAGCUGUUCUUUCAAAACAUAUAA